GCUUGCUUACAUAUCGUCGACGAAGUAUAAAAAAUGCCAAUCCAUGGCUGGCCAAGACCAAGCAAGUCAAGGAGAAAUAGUCAGGCAAGACUCCCGAGUAGGAGGCCACAAACAACGAAAAGGAGGUGGCGGCUGCAAUGGUAAUCAUGCCUGGCAAUAUUGAGUGGAAAAGGCUAUUUCGAGUGGUGAUACUUGUAUUACGGCCAUUCGUCGCACUUUUGAAUAAUUUGUUCGCUGGUGUUGUUGUAGAGGAUGUGGUAGUGGUGGUUGGUAGUUCGCUGAGUAAGGAGGAGGUGACAAGGAGAUAUUUAAAUUGUUCUUCAAAGGCGGUUUCUUCGGCGUCAGGAAGCGACGAACUGAUACAGCUCUACAGUGUCACCAUUACAGAAACUUAUUAGCUUAUCACCAUGCUAACUUUUUCUUCUUGACUUUUUUACGCGAAUAGGCGCAUGUAACGUUUUGCUUUUAA